AUGGCCUCCCUCGCCGACACGCCCACCACCCGUCUAAGGCGAACAUUUGCCUACCCCAACGACUCCGACUCCGACUCCCUCGAAGCAAUGGACGAGCAAGAACAAGACUCCCUCAUCCAAACCCUCACAACCCAAAACGCAUCGCAAAACGAAUCCCUCAACCGCAUCCUCAUCGCCCUCCCGCUUCUCUCGACAAUCGCCUACGUCCGCCCGCUCUUCAACCCCGCUACCACAUCUUUCGCAGUCUUCUGCCUGACGUCCCUCCUCGCCACGGCGUUUCUGCUCUACAAAUUGCCUCCCACCGAGACGGGCAUCCCCAUAAUCGAUUCCUGGGCCAACGGCUCCAAAUCUAGUGCUUCAACGAGAUUUCAGCUGCGCAGUCCUCUUAGGGGAGGCGGUGCUGCUGCUGGUCUCGGCGUCCUCGGCCGUGCACCUGUUGAAAUGCGGUCCCCUUUGGAAAGGACCCUGCCGUAUAUGAAUCUUGGCCUGGUUGUCUUGCUCAUCCUCAUGGGCUUGGUAAGAGGAGACGAAAGAGGUGGGGGAUUUGGCUGGGUCAGCAUGGGCAACCUGCCGGCCCUCGUCUACUCCGUCGCCAUAACAGCAAAGAUUGUCAUGGCAGGCGUAGAUCCGGAGAAAGAACUGGCUGGUCUCAAGUACGGCUACAAAGGUGCUUGA